AUGCAGGUGCUCUACUGCAAUUUUAAUUGGCGAGAAGUACAUGUUCCACAAUCAUACCUAACAAGCAUUGGCGAGAACAGGCUUAUAAAAUUGAGAAUUAUGGUGGUUUGCAAUUCGGAUCCGAUUUUGACAAAGAUCAUGAAAAGCAGGAAAUUGCUGACUUAUCUCGGCUCCGGUGGUGAUUGCUGUAUCCGUGGCGUAUCUUGUACUUUUGGACCGAAUAUUGUCGAUCAGGUCCUGAAGAAACAUAAUUUGGAUCUUAUUGUCAGAGCUCACCAGGUUGUUCAAGUUGGCUACGAGUUUUUCCACAAUCGCAAACUGGUGACGCUCUUCUCGGCUCCCCAUUAUUGUGGACAGUUUGACAAUGCCGCUGCGGUGAUGAUGGUAGACGAGGAUCUACGGUGCUCUUUCAAGAUCUUGCGACCAAAGUUCCUGAGUGCUCAGUGCAAAGCCACAAUUGCCGCCGAUCUACGCGACAUCACGUGCUACAAACAGAUU